AUGUCAACAGGGUCAUCCAAGCGACCUCCACCAGACGCCAGCCGUCCAACCUAUCCUCGCAAGCGCGCUGCUCAGGCUUGUGGAACCUGUCGGAGGCGGCGUGUCAAGUGUGACAACGAGCAGCCAUCAUGCACUUCAUGCUCCAAGCUAGGCGUCCAAUGCGUGUAUCAGGAGGGCGACAAGUCAAGUUUCGACCCUGCGAGCUUGGCGAUCCUGCAGCGCCUCGAUGAGCUAGAGAGUCUCGUUCGCGUCGCUAUCCCCGAGACCACGACCCCUCAGGACGUUGACCAUUCACCCUCAGGCAAAGCCUUUCGGCCCCAGGAAGGUUUCUCCCAGAGAGACUCACUGUCAUCUCAGGAACCCUUUAUCAAUGUCGAAGCAGUUCUGGAGUGGCCAAUACUACGUUCUUUCGUCGACACUCAGCCUCUCUCGCUCGCCAACAUCCUCCAAGCGGGCUCUGCAGAGACUGAUGUCGGUUGGAAUCGCCUCUUGCAGGCUCCGGACUUUGACGAGGAUGCUACAAGCCAGUUGUUGCAAAACUUUAUCGACAACUUUCACAUCUACAAUCCGGUGAUCGAGCUUACCCAUCUUCAAGAGGAUAUCCGAACGUCUCUGUAUAAUGGCCUCGGCUGGGACGCCCCGGCCUGCAUUUCGCUAUUGGUCUUUGCCCUUGGAACGAUCGACUGCGACCACGAUGACUCGGUGACAACGUCGAUGACGUCGCGAAACUCGAAGCAAUUCCAACAAGCAGAGUCCUUUUUCGUCGCAGCCCAGCGGCGCAUGGGACAGCUACUAUGCCGCAGCGGGCCAGUAGAGGCUCAAAUAUUCUUCCUCUCGGGCGUAUAUCUGAUGACUACAAUGAGACCGUUUGAGGCAUGGAGGAUGUUUCUUCAGGCUCUCGCCUGUUGCCAAGGAUUCGUGUCUUCAUCCGGCGUCACGCAAGACAAGGCAUCUGAGUUACACGAUAGCAUCUACUGGACGGCCUUUAAGUCAGAGUUAGAACUGCGACUGGAGAUGAGCAUAACGGAGAACAGUGCUUGGAACUUGCGCUACCCUCAAUUCUUCCCAUCACCUCCAAGAGGUCUCCAAUCUGAAGGCGAGGCAGGUUGGUACUUUUACCUGGCCGAGAUUGCGCUGCGUCGUCUUAGCAAUCGCAUCUUGGCCCAUUCAACCAACGUAGCAUCGAGGGAGGCCAGUCUUGCCGAAAAGGUGUCAAGCAUCGUCGAGUUUGAACAGCAAGCGCAGAGUUGGGUUGACUCGUUGCCUGCGAGCUUGAAGCUUGACCAACCGAUCGAUCACGAUACCCAAAGCGCACGUCUACGAUUCAUUCUCAGCGGCCAUCUUAUAGACUGCUACGAGAUGAUAUACUGGCCACUGGUAGUCGACGCAGUCCAUGGGAGGUUUCACGAUGAUGCCGAAGCCACCAGGCUAGCUCGCAAGGGGCUGGAAGUAAAUGUCCAGCGCAUCAAGGACAAUGAACCAGGGUUCCGUCGUCGCCACCACGGGACUUGGCUGAUGUUACGUUCCUGCACGCGUAGUGCCUUUGUUUUGGUGGCUGCCGGUCGAGCAGGGCUUCAUAGUCUGCUGCCUCUUGGAUGGAAGGCUUCAAUUAACAAGGUGAUGGAUCUUUUGCGAUUCUGGAAGGAUGAAGCCAGGGAUGCAAAGGUCCGCCUUGAGCUUCUUGAAGCUUUCAUGUCAUCUGCCUUGUAA